GGAGGGACAGAGACGAGGAGAAAAGAGGAAGAGAAGAGAGAGAGCGAGCACCUCCUCCACCGCCUUCGGGUCUGCCUUGUGUCCGCCCGUCUGUGUGUAGCGAUCAGGAGGACGUGCUAACCGGGCCGUCUGUCUGGCCCUUCGACACGCGGUGCGUCGACAGGCUGGCCGACGACGAGCUUUAGCGGCGCGCGGUUUCUGCAGCGCCGAUACUGCCGAGCCGCACGUCGUCGCUAUCGAGACAGACGAGAACUCUGGGGCACCGCGCUCUUGGGGCACCGCGAGAAGCGAACGAAGGAAGGAUCGGAGGUGAAGGCACCCUUGGGACCGUCCGCCAGGACCGCCAGGAUCCCAGGUUUGGUCGAAAGGUAAAGAAGAGGCGGAGGAGGAGGAGGUGGUGGAGGAGGAGGACCCCAGGCCGGCACGAUGCGGCCCAGGGCCGCGGCGACGUCAGGAAUCAUCGGCGACGCGAGCCGCGGCAUCUCGCGGCCGGUCCCGCUCGUCCUGCGAAUCACCUGCGUCCUUGCCCUACUGGUGCACGCCGCCACGUGGAUACCGAUCGCCGAGGCUGUGAUCUGCAAAGACUCGUACAAAUGCAAUUGUAAGGGAAUAAAAGGACAACCGGGAUUUCCUGGGAUACCUGGACCCGAAGGAACGGAGGGACCUCCAGGCGACAUUGGACUCGAUGGACCCCCCGGACCCAAAGGCGAGAAAGGAGCGGGAGGAGAAGUUGGAGGCACCGGGGAGAAGGGCUACCGAGGCGAUGAUGGUAUACAAGGAUUUGUGGGAGUCGCAGGACUUUCCGGCAAUCCCGGCAUACCCGGUGUGAUGGGUCCAGACGGACUGGACGGAUGCAACGGAACCGACGGUCGUGCUGGUGCACCCGGUAUACCCGGAACUUACGGCCCACGUGGUCCACCAGGACCCUUAGGCGAUUAUGGUUUUACGGGAGAGCCUGGUGAUGGAGGUAUAAAUUCGGUCGGUGUCAAAGGAGAACGCGGGCAGCCCGGUAUCGACGGACUGGAGGGUUAUCGAGGACCGCAGGGACUCACCGGCGAGAUGGGUUAUCCAGGAGACACGGGCGACUUUGGUUUGCCAGGUUCUCCUGGCUUGCCAGGUAUGCAAGGUGAGCGCGGCGACACCGUGUUCGGUGUGAAGGGUCAACUUGGCGAGCAGGGAGACAGGGGAGAGCCUGGAGCACCGGGUAAGGACGAAUAUAAGAAGCCGGAAAACUCGACGGCCACCAAAGGACCGCAGGGACCAAAAGGCAUGAAGGGCACCUAUGGUGAUCGAGGUCGCAAGGGAGAGCUGGGCGCUAGGGGUCCGCAAGGUCGUCCAGGUUUCUUGGGUAUCAAAGGUGUGAAAGGUGAACAAGGUGACGAUGGGCCGAGAGGUAAACAAGGUGUCGACGGCCCACCGGGCCCAGCUGGUGAGAAGGGAGAGAAAGGAGCUCCAGGAUUCGCUGGAUUGCCUGGUCGGGAUGGAGAUGAUGGAGAGCCAGGAGAAGAGGGAAAUCGCGGUCCACCUGGUAGACAGGGAGCUGAGGGAGAACCUGGACGAUACAUUCCAGAACUUGAUGAGAUAAUUGCCGGAAAUAUCGGGAUCCAAGGAGAUCUUGGCCCACCUGGUGAACCAGGCGAAUCGGGAAUACCGGGUCUGCAAGGAAAAGUCGGAUUUAUAGGACCGCCAGGACCACCAGGGCCUCCGGGUACUCCUGGUCUGGCGGGAGCGAAGGGCUCAUCCAUAAAAGGAGAACAAGGAGAUGAUGGCUUACCAGGACCUAUGGGACCUCAAGGAUCUUCCGGAUUACCCGGUUUACCCGGAAUUCUGGGGGCCAAAGGAUUCCCGGGGGUAACAAUAACUGGACCGUCGGGACCAGACGGUCAACCAGGUUUUCCAGGAUUGUUGGGCCCACCUGGCGAUCGCGGUGAUCCUGGUCCUCCAGGAGAGAAAGGUUUUCCUGGAAAAGGAAUAAGAAUUCGUGGGCCAGACGGAGAACGGGGUCUACCCGGAAUACCUGGUAUUCCUGGUCCCGACGGCUGGCCUGGCUUUGCUGGCUCUAAAGGUACCAAGGGUAUUCGAGGAGACGAUUGCGGCGUAUGUGCCCCAGGUCUGCCCGGGGACAAAGGAGAACGCGGUGAGUCUGGUUUAGACGGAUAUCCUGGAGCUUCGGGAUUCCCUGGUCUACCCGGUCCACGAGGAUUCAAGGGAAUACAAGGAAAGCGAGGUCCGCAAGGGCCGGCGGGGCUUGAAGGUGAUAACGGAAGACCCGGUAUUGCGGGAGUUGAAGGACCCAAAGGAGAACAGGGAAGAGUAUUUUUCCCGCCUGGCGACAAAGUCGUGAGUCCGCCGGGCGAUAUCGGUGAGAAAGGCAUGCCUGGGCCUGAGGGAAUCAGAGGUAUACGAGGACAACCGGGGCCCAUUGGUGACACAGGCGUACCGGGACCAAAAGGAGACAAGGGUGAACAUGGUCUUCCGGGAUUGUCGGGAAGAGACGGCUCGCCAGGAUGGGAUGGCAUUCCUGGCGAGAAAGGUGAGGACGCCUCGAUACCAAUUGAGUUCUUGCGCGGAGAUCCAGGAUAUCCGGGACAACCGGGAAUCAAAGGAAUUCAAGGAGAUAAGGGUAACAAAGGAGAACCUGGUACAUCCGCGGAAUACAUCACAGAUGUACAGGGUGACAAGGGUUACAAAGGUGUCAGAGGAGAGCCCGGUGAAUUUGGUUUCAAAGGUUUCCAAGGACGUCCUGGCGACGAAGGUCUACCAGGAUUGCCUGGUGAACCUGGUUCUCCAGGACUUUCGCUUCAAGGUGCUAUCGGUUUGAAAGGAUAUCCUGGCAUGCCAGGAGACCAGGGACCUCGAGGCACACCAGGCUCACCUGGAUCACAGGGGCCAGUAGGUUUCCCGGGUCGCGUCGGCAACAAAGGCGAACGAGGAGAUCCGGGCUCAAACUUAACAUAUGGCGAAAUUGGAGAACGCGGAUGGUACGGCCCAAAGGGUGAUAUCGGUGAUCCUGGUCCACAAGGAUUGCCCGGCCGACCGGGAGAGGACGGUUUGAAAGGCGUCAAAGGAGCUAAAGGAGCGUUCGGUUACGAAGGAUUGCCUGGACUUCAAGGAGCCAAAGGUCAACGUGGAGACAGUAUACAAGGUGAUCGCGGAUUUCCGGGAAUACCUGGCCAGCCUGGAAUGCCCGGAAGAAUCGGAGACGUCGGGAGCCGCGGCCCUGACGGUCCUUCCGGCUUUGACGGAAUGAAGGGCUUGAAAGGAGAAAUCGGUUUUAUCGGACGACGUGGUGACGACGGCGACGCGGGACCUCAAGGAUACCAAGGGAUGCACGGUAGGCAAGGACUACCGGGUGCUCCAGGAGAAAAGGGAGACGUCGGCGAGAGUGGCGAUCCGGGGCCACGCGGUUGGCCCGGUUUCGACGGUAUAGACGGAAUAUCCGGUCCUAAAGGAGAGAUCGGAGACGCGGGAGCCCCCGGUUUCCCGGGAGUGACAGGGCCACCUGGAUUCAAAGGUAUCACCGGUGAUGCCGGUCUCGAAGGAUUAGCGGGGAUCCCUGGCGAAAACUCCUUCAGCGGUCCUCAAGGUGACGUGGGUGAACCUGGUUUUAUGGGAGAGCUCGGACCACCCGGUCUAGCUGGAUUCGACGGACGGCCCGGUUUACCGGGAGAACCGGGAUUGUCCACUGACGGUUUCAAUGGCCUGCCAGGGCAGAAAGGUGAACCCGGAUUGGACGGAUACCCUGGUGUCGGAGGAUCAAAAGGGGAAAUUGGUGACAUGGGUCCUGAUGGAUUAAAAGGCGAACGAGGUGAACAAGGUUUCCCGGGGAGAUCAGGUGCGCCCGGAAUACCCGGUAGAUACGGUGCGAAAGGUGAAAGAGGCCCAAUUGGACCACCCGGAUUUGACGGUUUGAAAGGAAAGCCCGGCCUCGACGGUGAUCCGGGCAUAAUGGGCAGACCAGGAAUGCCGGGUGAGCCAGGUGUGAGGGGAACCCCGGGUAUUAUGGGUGCUCCCGGACCAAAGGGCUACGUAGGCGAACCUGGUUUACCAUCUUACGCGUUCGCGAUGAAGGGUGAUUCCGGUAAUCGUGGCCAUGAUGGUUUUGCCGGUAUGAAAGGACAAUUAGGUGAACCAGGAUAUAACGGCGUGGGCGGUCGUAAGGGUCAAAUAGGAGACAAAGGAUAUCCGGGUCCGGUCGGUUUCCAAGGAUUACCCGGUUUCCCUGGUCUGCCGGGUGAUCAAGGACCUCGCGGAGCUCCAGGAUUACCUGGUGAAUUCGCUGAACCUGGUGAGCCUGGUCGCGCUGGUCUCGAUGGUAGGCCUGGUAUUCCAGGACGUCCAGGACAAAAGGGAGCUCCUGGUGAAUAUGGCCCGAACGGACCUAAAGGAAUCUCUGGCGAUAUAGGCCACAGCCUUCGCGGUCAUAAAGGAAUAGUUGGAGAACCAGGUCUGCGAGGAUUCGUCGGCCAACCGGGUAUGCCAGGUUUGGAAGGAUUGCAAGGCUUUCCCGGAGCACCUGGGCCGAAAGGUUACCGCGGAGAACCAGGAAUAUCUGCGGGCAGUAGGAAAGGACAACCCGGCGAACCUGGAUUGCCCGGAUUUGAUGGUCGAGUUGGACCGAAGGGACUGAAAGGUGACUCUGGUCUGGCUGGCUUUGACGGAUUGCCAGGACCGAAAGGAGAAAGGGGAGAUACGGGUGAACCUGGUCUACGUGGGCUGCCUGGUCCUGAAGGACCACAGGGACCGAAAGGAGACCCUGGCAUGAAUCCUUUCCCGCCAUUCCCGAGACGAGGACUCCCCGGUGAUACAGGAGUACCCGGAUUACCAGGUUUCCCUGGACUGCAGGGAAUGAUGGGUGAGCCUGGCAAGGACGGCUUACCGGGACGACAGGGUGAAACAGGUAUGAUUGGAAUUUCUGGACCGCAAGGACCGGAUGGUAAAGAUGGACCUCCCGGAUAUCAAGGGCCUCCCGGAACAACCGGACGACAAGGACAACCAGGUUUCCGUGGCGCUCCUGGAAUACCUGCGGCAAAUGGAAUUGGUCCGAGAGACAGAGGAUUCUAUUUUGCUCGUCACUCGCAAACCGAGAUGAUACCGACCUGUCCAAGGAAUACCGUGAAAAUCUGGGAAGGAUUUUCGCUGUUACACACGAUGGGUAAUGGACGACCCUACGCACAGGAUCUUGGCGCUGCUGGCAGUUGCAUUAAGAAGUUCUCCACUAUGCCCUUCCUGUUCUGCAAUCUGAACAACGUGUGCGAUUAUGCCAAUCGUAACGACUACAGUUACUGGCUCAGCACAACCGAGCCUAUGCCGAUGAUGAUGACACCAAUACCAGCUCCGGAAGUUGGUAGAUACAUAUCGAGAUGUUCCGUGUGCGAAGCGCCGACUAGGGUAAUAGCUGUUCACAGUCAAUCCAUGGCAAUACCCGAGUGUCCGGGUGGCUGGGAGGAAAUCUGGGUUGGAUACAGUUUCCUCAUGCAUAGAGAUGCAGGCGCGGACGGUGGCGGCCAGUCUCUAGUCUCGCCCGGUUCCUGCUUGGAGGAGUUCCGCGUUAGGCCGUUUAUCGAGUGCCGCGGCCUCGGCUCUUGCAACUACUUCGCCACGGCGACAUCGUACUGGCUGGCGACCAUUCACGACGAAGACAUGUUCCGCAAGCCGCUGCAGCAAACGCUCAAAGCCGAUCAUACGUCCCGAGUGAGUCGAUGCGCCGUAUGCCUCCGUCGACGGGUCACCGAGGUCCUGAAACCCUUCACGUCCAACAACGAGCGAGCCCCCAAUAAUUGGGGCGUUGCUCCGCCGGCACCGCCACCGCCACCCCGUAAUCUACCCGACUACGAGUCCUCCAGGGUACCGCCCAGCCGGGGAAGAUAUCCCAACAGAGAGAGGCAACGCGUACCCUAUCAGUACCGCAGGAGAGGCCGCGUGCGCGGCAAACAGUGGGAACGAUCGACAGAGUCUCCCAACAAUUUGUAGGCGCAACAAAAAUCGCGCACACAUCCAGAACAAACGGCAUCAGUGACGUGCAAGGGCGCAGAAAGCCUAUGUAUAUAAAGAAACAAGAAAAACUCUUUUUUUCCAUUAGUUAAGUUAUAUCGGCCGGGCGCCCUUUAGUUCGUAGACCCUCUAAGUCGGAUAGAAACGCGGAUGAACGCUCAUGAACCGCACGGAAAGGGGCUCGAGAUAACACGCUGACAACACAUAGGUCUGGAGAAUGUCGUAAAGGGACGUUCUUCAAAUAUCUUCCGGUCUAUUAUGCUCUGUUUGAAAAAGAAAUCGUAUAUAUAAACGUCUCCCUUUUAAGUCGCGCACCAUUGAAGUAUUGGAUAAACGCAAUUGAGUACGGUACUUUGAUAAAACUUCUCAAUUUAUCGGUGUAUUCUCCCCCGGAGGUUGCAACAGAAUAAAAGGAGAGUUGCUUGUCGAAGUGGCUGCUGUUGAAUCAAGACCUGGAUUGCUGCUUAUCUAAAAAUCCUUAUCUCGGACCCUUGUGUCGUUCCUGGGAACUUGUCCCGCUGUUAUUCGUUCCCAUCCUGUGCAGGAGGGUCUACGACUCGCUCCCGGCCCCAUCUCGUCUCUUCCUGCGCGCCCGAUAAAAAGCGCCGUCGGCUGCCGUGAGAAGUCAUAUAACUGCCUUAUGCCAAAUAGAAAAAGAACCGCGUCCGGCCAUCGCAAAACUGCCAAUAACGUCGCGCUCGCCGAUGCGAUUUACGAGAAAUUUACACUACGAUAAUUAAAUUAACGUUAUGUAUAUUGUACCGCUGUCGUAACUAUUACCUUAUAUAUCUCGCAUUGAAUAAAGAUACUUUUAUAUAAGCUAA